CUUACACUUGACAAUGAGGGUGGACCCGCCGGGCUCGUACUAUAUAUCGUAUAUAAGGUAAUUUUGUCGCACUUUGAAGGUGCAACGGUUGUUAAUGACGUGACCGACACUCCCAUCGCACGCAAAAAUUUAGACUUUUCCGGUAUCCUGCAAACUGUCGAGGACGAGGAUCAGUUUCUGUUCGUACGAAAAUCGUUUUCUAAAUUUUGAAAAGGAAAUAAUUUUUUGAAUGGGUAUUCCCCUCCGAUAACAACAACAAUCAAAGCAGAACCAGUGUCUUCCCCAUGAAAAAACCAGCCUUGGUAUCAACUUUUCUCUGAAAGUUCCGCCUCUAAUGCCUGUAUUGUCAAAGUGCUAAUGUUUAUGAGGGACAAUUUACUGUUGCGAAAAACCUUCAAGAUUUCCAUCGAAAAAGGAUCUCUAGGGAUUUUCAGGUAAAACAAAAGGAUUUCUGCCCCUUCCUCGUUCCCUCGUGAAAAAUUGAUAAAUGUUCGAGACUUUGGUACUGUGAAUUUAAAAGACAUUUGUAAAAGCAAUCCCGUUUAUUUCACAAUCAUAUUUCUGUAAUUUCUGGGGUAUCAAUAUCUGGGGUUCCCUGGAUCUAAGUCUAGAUUUUAAGGGAUUACCAAAAAGUGAAGGAAGUAAAACAGGGGAGGGGAAUUGCGAAGGAGAAUGGGAAAGGAAAGAAUCAUGUACUCGCGGUUCUGUAUCCUUUAGCUAAAAAUUUUCACUUUCGGUCAUUACUCUUAACGUGUUCAAAUAUUUGCUUUUUUCAAAUCCUUUCAAAUUUUUGUACCCCCCAAAAAUUGUUUUGUCCCUCUCGAUCAGUUGAUAAAUGUUCUUCUGUUGAUUUUGACCCCAAGUGUUUCAUACUGCGGAAAUAGCAUUUGACAGCUUUUGUGAAAGUCACGGUGAUAAUCACCUGACGUAUGACAUGUUGUCAAACGCUACUUGCAAGUGCUGCCUAUUCUUCAACGGGACUUUUUCGAAAUAAGUAGGCCGUGAACGGUCUUUUGGUGACUAAAUUAUUACAGCAUGUCUAAGACUUUAACCAAUAAAGCACCUGUAGAAGGGCUAAGAGCCAUUUACUGUGGGCAACGAAAAGCUCGGUGCAUAAAGAAGGCAGGCGACUUCUGUACAAGAUGCAUCUGUAACCCAGGUUUACUGUACGUCGAGGUGUUGGAUAAAUGCAUACGAAAUUCAGAAGCAUGGACAUACACAACCACCACGAAGCAGUCAACAAGUCAUCAACCAUACACGACUCAGGCAACAAGGAAUCAGGCGUCAACAACUGCAGUUUUCAAGGGAGAAAACAAAAUGUUAACUGCGACUAAGAAGUCACAAGCAGGACUGAUUGCGGGAUUAUGUGUUGGAUUCAUUGUUUUGAUUACAUGUAUAGUUCUGUUUCUGUAUUUAAAGAAACGAAGACAGAACAAAAAAAAUUCAAGUGAAAAGAAUAGUUCCUCACGAACUUUGCAGUUUCAAGAUCUAAAUGGAAGGAACGGAGUAGAUAGCCCUGUAAGUCCGGUGUAUGAUUACACAUAUGACACAAUGGGUAGACCAGUUGGUAAUGGGAGGAAGAAUGAUGUUGGUAACCCUUUGUAUAACACGAACAUUCCAAUCUCCGACCCAGUUUAUAAGGAACUUGAAUCAGGAGAGCAGCCUGUGUACAAGGAACUUGAAGGCGGUGAACAAGUUUAUAUGAGCCCAGGUGAUAUAGAAUUGAACGAGCAGCCGGUAUACCGUGAACUGGACGAUUCCCAACCUCAAACCAGCCCGGUUUAUCGUGAAAUUGACGCAGGUCCUCCGGUUUAUGCACAAGCUUGGGACCAAGAUCCGAGUGCACCAAAUGCUGUCACAGCCCCGGAUGCUGGGGAUCCGCGCAUGUAUCAACAGUUGAAUUACGCAGCUACGCAAAAUACUUACCAACCUUUGUCUUAUGACUGGAAAAACCAGAAGUAUGAUCGCUAAGAGGCCAGUUGAAGUAUCGUUAGUUCCUCAUACCGAGUGUCGCAGAUAUAAUCACGCUCGUUUCUCUAUGAAUGAAUCGCUGAAUUAAUCUGUUUUCUGACUCAGUCACAAUGCAUCAAUUAUUCGUACAUGAGAAAAGAAUUUGUUAAUUGUUACUUUCAUUAUUGGUGGAACUGAAUAAUAUCCUUGAAACCGAGAUAAGAACAUGCCUAUUGCUUAUUAACUUUAAGUCCUUUUAGUAAUGUGCUUUUUAGGAGUUUUAGAGCUCUGUUUUGUGUUCUAAACGAAGAAAUCUUAACCUACUUUCGACUAUUUUACGAAGAAAUCGAACCUAAGGGAACAGUGCCUCCAUGAUCUAAUUAACCAUACCCUAAAAUCUAAACCCCUGUCCUGCAGCCCACAGCUUCUAAGAAACUCCUUAUCUUGGCUGAGAAUAAAGUCAGCAUUUCGCCUUCUCGACAGAAUUGUUAAAAAUUGAGUAUCAGUUGUUAUUGUGCGUGCCCUUACUUAAUCUGAUAUAGCAAGGGCUUAUUGCAAUUGUGAUAUCUUACAACAUCCAUAAAAAUAUUAUUGUAUGUUAUGUAUUGUAUAAAGAAAUUGUCAUUCAUUAGUUUAAAUACUCGAUAAUGUCGGUAGAAGUCCAUAGAUUUAAGGGAGUAAUAUGAAAAUUCAUAAAUAUCUCGUUAGAAGGGGGUCAUCUCUAACACGUGCAGUUUUUGAUUGCCAGGGCAUAUGAAAAUGUCUUGUUUCUUUCAAGGAAGAUGAGGACUUCCACUGCACGUGAACAAUACUUAGUGGUCUUCGAACUGUAAAAAUUAAGGUGCUCCAACGCUGAAUCCAAAAGACGUCUCUGCUUUUGAUAUGCUUUAAAUUCUAGAAAUAGUAAUUCUGUUCAGGAUUUUGUAUUUGUAUGUGCAAUGUAUAUCUAAAUUGUUUACUGUAGAUAUAACACAGGGCCUCCGACGAAAGAAGGGUUUGCCCCGACUUUUUAGAAACGACUUUUUUUGCAAAAUCCUUUGUCAUGAGUCUAAUUUGCACUUGACCUCCAAUUUUCAAACUUUCGUCGGAGUCCCUGUAUCAGGUUCUUUUUGUAUUUUAAAAAUUGAUAAAAAUGUGAUAUAGAUAUUUCCUUGAUAGCGUCUUUUUGCCGAGAAAACUUUGCACUAGUCAAACAGCCCAUUUGGUUUGCCUUGCGCAAGCAGUGAAUAUCUUACAAAAAACAGAGAUUUUACAAACAAUUGUUGAUAGGUUAGAGGACAGGCUGCGGACAAUCAGUUUGCAAGUCUACUAGCAUGAGAACUCAACGUGCUUAGAAUUGAUUUCUUAAGACGAUAACCUGGAUUUUCAUCCUUGGAUCACUUUUUGCACGCCAUAGAUUUUCCGCCAGGUUUUUUUUCAACAAUUUUUUACCGCAAGCUUCCCUAAGCUACACGAAGCUC